AUGGCGCGACGGGUCGUAUCACACGCGGAACACAACGUCCGGUGCACUCUCCGGCCGUACCCGUCAUCCCCCACGAGCGAGAUCUCGCCACACUCAGUUCGCGUUCAUAGACCGACCACGCUCACCGAACUAGAAAGUGUUUCGCGGUCGCCGUCGAAAAUGAAAACGGAUUACGCGGUGGAUGAAAUGCAGAAGAGGACGACCUCCAUAAUCGGUCUCUCGGAUGUGACCGAUAAUAAGCUGAUAUGGAGGCAGGUGGUCGCCGAGCUGGUGGGCACCUUCCUGCUGACUUCCAUCGGUGUGGCAUCUUGCAUCGCCAUUACGGAGUCCAACGCGCCACACGUGACCAGCAUUGCGCUCUGCUUCGGCCUGCUCGUGGGCUCAAUUGUCCAGGCGAUUGCCCACGUGUCCGGCGGUCACAUAAACCCAGCUGUGACUUGCGGUCUGUUCGUCUCAGGUGACGUCAAAUUGCUGAAAGCCCUCUUGUACGUGGUGGCGCAGUCUCUGGGAGCGGUGGCUGGUGCGGCCUUCAUUAGGUUGGCCGUGCCCGAAGACCGGGUGUUGUCUUUUGGCAUGACCCUGCCUGGACCCGGAGUAACUGAAGGCCAGGCGCUACUUGUGGAAGCGUUGAUCACGUUCGUGCUGGUGCUGGUGGUGCAGGGCGUGUGCGACGGGCGCAGAACCGACCUGAAGGGCUCCGCCGCGCUAGCCAUCGGCCUCAGCAUCACCGCCUGCCACGCCGCCUGCAUUCCGUUCUCCGGGUCGAGUAUGAACCCCGCGCGUUCUUUUGGACCCGCACUCGUGAUGGGAGACUGGACAGCGCACUGGGUGUACUGGGUGGGGCCGAUAGUCGGUGGCGUGCUCGCUGGCCUGGUAUAUAGGUUCAUUUUCCGCAUCGGCAAGGUCGGCGAGAGCGGCUCCUACGACUUC